CGGCAGGUAUGGAAGAUAGUGGAUACUUUAGUCACUGCUCUAGCGAAUUCAGAUUUUCCGACUCCUCCUCGGGGGGUAGUAGUCGCAGGUUUAUCCCCACCCCAGAGGAUAUUUUCAAGCUCAAUUUCGAUGACUUGAACUCAUCCAAGUACAGCUAUUUUCGUUAUGGAUUCGCCGACGAAGACGAUUUUGAGGAUUUCAAGAAGGACCUGAGCAACUUCCGCCGCCUCCGACGAGAGACGAGGGAGAUAAUAGACGAGAGUCCCGCGGUCGACCCUGUCGCACGGCAGAAGCUGUGGGAAGAAAGGCGUUUGUCACACGACGACAGCAGAGACGGAGAAGCGCGGGGCAGUGAUGAGCGCGGCUCACAAACUGACCGUGACAGCCAGACCAGCGGCCGGCGUGACAGUUACGACACAUCCGGGUAUACAAGGGGCAAUAGCAGCAGCGUGACAAGCAGCAAGCCUGGUAUCAGUCCCAUACGGCGAAGUGGCAGCUUUAGAGGUGCGGACAGGCACAACGACAGCAAGCGCAACGGAGUGUUUUUCGAUGAUGACGACGACAGCUGUUUUCUGGAAGUCGUCGUUAGAGGCGACGGCGACAGCUCACCUGGCAUCGGGAGUGAAGAGGACAAGAACGUUAGGGUGAUGACAGCAGCAACGACGGCACAACAACGCAGAAAACCCGGAAAACGAGUGUCAUUUCGAGAAAGUCCGAAACAUUUCCUCCUCCUGAGGAGGACGUGGAUGCUAGCGUCAGCAGGUCACGCACCAUGAAGUGAACAACUGUCUGGACGGCACGAGUCAUGUACGCUCGAGUGAGGCAGGGUCAAGGUCACCUGUCCCCGUGAAGCGAAGGACGGCCUCGGACAGUCUGGACGUGAGCUCGAGAUUGCAGGGCAAGCUGUCUCCAAUCUUGCGUAGAGCUUUUUCCGAGGACCAGAGCCGCGCCACUCGCGCCCAGUCACUAUUCCCAUCCGCAUCAUUAGAACUGCAAACGGAGGUAACCCAGUGCCCACGGCCGACUAUGAUAGAAGUCAGGUGAGAGAGGGGGCUGCGGACAAAACGAGCGGCUUUCAAGGGGGAUCAUUUCAGCAGAGAGCAACAAGUGAUAAGGACAUCAGCGGACGUGGCUAUGAGCCCCCCAAAAGGUUCAGUUUUCUGGGAAACUUAAAGCGACAGGAGCGCCCUCGAAGCGGCCGGCUUGAUGCUUUCAUGGAGUUCUUUAACGGCGACGAGCAUUUCCAAGAGUUUGAGCGGGUGUUUGAGACCAUCAACAAUCAUCGUUUGUCCCGGGAUCUCGAUCCCCGGCAGGCGGGAUUAUCUUGGAGUACGGCGGACGUUCUGGAUGACGACGACGACGACCUCUUCCAUGACGACGGAGACUUGGGUGCUCUCCCCGUUGACGACACCUUCUCCGACUUCUUUGAGCACGACGAGGACUUCGUGGAGUUCGAGAGGGAGCUUGAGAAGAUCCGCUCCAACAGGAGGUCUCGACUGAUCGAGAGCCUCAACAGGAAGUCAAGCUGUGAUAUUUUCUCCGACGUCAAAGCCUUCUGUGAUAGAACUCUGCAGGAGUCGGGCCCGAGUGCCGGGCCCCCAGCGGACCGAAGGGCCAGCAGUAGCAGCGCCAGGGAGGCGCCGGAGGCUGACCUCUGGAACUCGGCGGAGGAGUGGGAAGUGGUGAUGAACAGACUAAAGCGCAGCUCGCGGUUGUUUGGUGAGCGAGCAAAAACCGCCAGGAAGGAUGAAUUUCCUGCCAGAUCCUCCCGUUCUUCCAAUCAUCGGCACAGCCUUGAUGAGCGGCGGUCAGGUCUCACAGACUGUCAGUAUACCUGCCACCUGAACUGUGUGCCAUCAGUGACUCUGGACUGCACCACAGUAUCCCCAGGCACAGAUGUGUACCCUGUGGCAACACCCACUGACAUCCCCUCUCCAUCACCAUCAGCUUCAGCUGAGACAUCAUUGACAGAUAGACGGAGAUUUGUAAACCAGCAGCAGACACCAUCUAGUCUUCAGUCAUCUCAACCUUGUAAUCAGUUAUCUCAACCCAGCAGUCACUUGGUGCAGGCUUACAACCAGCGAUCUCACUCCUCAUGUAGCACAGACAGUGUCCCCCAUGGAGCUAGUCAGUACAGGAACUCAUCACUUGGGGUUGUAUCAACACCAGGUGUUAUUAGAGACCCUCUGUUGGGCACAUCUUUGUCUCACACAGCAUCACCUUCAUUACCUUCAUCUUCAUUAUCAUCAGAUGUGUAUGGAAGUGGUAUCAGUGGUAAAGACCUCAACCAGAAUGCCAAGGCAAAUGUCGGAGGAGAUGCCAUUGGAGCGGUGGAGGAUGGCUCCGAAACUUGCAGUGAGAAAGACGAAACUGACAGUGGGUAUCGAUCCGGAACCAUCCCAGAUGAAAAACUUCCAAGAGCACCUAGUCAGGCCACCCUCAAUCGACAGGAGCUUCGAAGAAAAAUUGAAAGCUAUAACCAUUAUGUACCCAAGGCAAAUCUAGAACAGGCAGAAGACGGUUUGUCAUUCCAAGGCUUUCUCCAUGUAACACUUAAUUUGAUUCGACCUAUAACUAUGGAGUUGGGAGCGCGGCCACCGUCUAUUUAUGAACUGUUGACUAGAGAGCACAUUGUAGAGCAGAGUACUCAACACAUUGCUUUCUACAUGCCACGCGACACUGUGAAAUCUAUACAUGUAACCAACAAAACUACAACAAGAGAAGUGAUCACAGGCCUUUUAAAGAAAUUCCGCAUCUUGGACAACCCACGAAAGUUUGCGAUGUAUGAGCAGGAAUUCAAUGAAAAAAAUAAACUAGUGAAAUUAAAGCGCUUGAAUGACAAAGAUAGCCCUCUGGUGGCCACCUUAACAUGGAACCCAGAACGGUUUAAAUUCUAUCGACUGGUCAUGCAAGAAAAUGAAACUGGAGAGAUUGUGUGGGAAAACUUCAGUCUACCAGAACUCAACAAUUUUAUGAAAGUUUUGGAUCGUGAGGAGGAUGAGGCAGUUGCUCAGCUGCGCUACAAAUACCGUAUCAUGAAGCGCAUCAUCCAGCAGCAGCUGAAGGAACACCGUAAGGAGCGACUUGCUGCAGAGUCUGCUGACACUUGACAGCAUUGUUCAAGUUUGAUCACUGUCAUCUGCUACAUCGCCAUUAUUCUGACACUUGACAGUGCUGUUUUCUGUAAAGUGGAGCCAUGCAAGUCUGAUCACUUUUAUCUGCCACAGCACCAUCAUUCUGAAACUGCUAGAUGUUAGGGGAGUUAAUAUCUGAUAGGUUUGCAUUUUCACAUGGCAGACUUACCCAUAAGACUUACACUGCUGGUUCUCUCUCAUAUUUACUUGUCAGGAUUCUGUGACAGAAUGCUUCUGUCAUGUUUGUCAGAGGGGCUUGUCUCUUGCUUAACUCACCAGGAAGAUGUAUUCAGCCGUGAAAGCAACUAACUUUGGCAGUAAGCUUGGCUAGCUUUAUGGGGUGACUGCUUGGUCAUGAGACUAAACAUUUACCAUUACAGCAUCUGCAACCUGAAGACUCUUAUUUGCGUAGUCAAUAUUUGCUUUCAGCUGUGUGCACAUAAUGAUGCUGCUAAUAAUGGGAAAAAUGUGUUAUUAUGUGGAUACUUCAGUGCAUCGUGGAAUGUUACACCGCAAACAUAAAAAUGUUUUUUCUUGUUCAGAAGUCAGAGAUAAUGCUUUGAAUCAUAAAAAUGUUUUACUGAUUGGUAGGUUUUAAGAAGGCCUAAAAUUUGCCUAUUUUGUGCAACACUUUUGCUUGGUUUGUGACCAUUGCAGUGAACACAAUUGUUAUUUGCAUGUGCACUGAGCAACCUUUCAGAGGUCAAACAGCAAGGACUGCAGCCUCUAGAGACAAAUACUUCAAAUUCCAGGGAGCAUACUUGCAUUCUUGGUCAAGGAAUCCACCAUGGACGUGUGAUCUUGAAUAAGAGUUGUGAUAAAUCUCCGCAUUGCUUGUGUAGUUUGUGCUGCAACAUUUCAUUAAGACGGAAAAGAUUAUCAUUUAAACUAUGCCUGCUCUCACAUGAGAGGGAUAAUCGAGUCAGGGAUUCAUUAUUUUCUUUGUUUUCAUGUUGAUGGCAAAGAUGUACAGGCGUUAUUGUGUACAGACUUUCUUUGUGUUCCAGCUGCAAAGGCAGUUAUUUAAUGUAUGUAGAUUGUAUGUUGGAAUGGUUUCAUUUAUUAUCACUUUUGAUCGCUUAUUUCUUGAUUUUACUGUUUCCUGUCAUAACUAGUAAAAUUACGAGGACCGAGAACAGAAACCAUCUUGUAUGAAGUAGGGGCAAGUCAUGAACGAUGACAAAAAAGGUUGAGCCAAAACUGGCCCCACAUUCUCUCUCUUUUGCUUGUGACAAGAAAACAAGUACCUGAAAGAGAGGUUGAAUCUGGGUUGGAAAAAAUUGACUUACAGGAUCAAAGUUCUUCAUAUUUUUAAGCUUAUUCAGUUUUACCUAUAAUGUAUCUUAAACUUGCUUGCAUGUUGGUCUCAUUUGGUUGAAAUACCUUUCAUGCAAAUGUCAGAUUUCUUUUUCUUGAUUGCAGUUGAGCAACUAGUGCACUGUAGAAGACUGUCAUUUUGUAUGACCUAGUAGUUCAGGCAUUUAGAAUUUGAUAUUACUCUUCUUAUCCCUUAUGUUAUUUCGAUUUUACAUCAGUAAGAUUGAGAGAGCAAUUGCUCAUUCAAGGGCUAUAGAAGAAGAAUGAACAUAAUAAGAAUACAAUGUUACAGUCACUUUUUGGGAGCCAGAUUAAUGGUUAGUACAUUUAACUGCUGAGCGCAAGUUUACUAGCUUGAGAUCUGCUCAUAUCUGUGGUUGGAAAAAUCUUUCCCUGAACCUUCUUUCCUGCAGCUGCUCUGCAGGAAUGAGUGCCUGACACAUCUAAUUUCAUGUUGUGCGUUGAUUGGUGCAUUGGGCAGGAGCGAAAGAAUCUGACUGAACUAAGUUAGCAUAACCUACUAGCAAACUAGUAAGUUUUUCGUGUGAGAAAACAAGUUUGUUUUCCUCGACUUUUCAACUGGCAGCUGCCACAAGUAACAAGGAUAUGAGACUGGGAAUGUGCAGAAUCAAGUCAGGAACUCCCUCCAGGACCUCCCUCUCUUUCUCUUUUAAACUCUGCAUUCUGCCUAAAUCAUAAAAAGUUUGAGUUCCAGUUAUGCCUUAUCCCUCUGCCCCCAACACAUACACAUAGAAGUUUGUGCAUAUCUACCUAUAAGAUAUGUACAUACAUGUCUGCUUUGAAACAUCACGUAUUAGUAUACAUUGCAAUAUCUAGUCUACACCAUAAAAAUAUAAGACAGCUGCCAUAUUUUCAUCUGCACCUGUAACCCCAAGCUCUAGAUUUAUAUGUAGAUAUUUUAUUUCAAUUAUUUCUGUUUGAGGUGGUUAUCAAACUUUUGUGAGGACUUUCAUUUAAGAAAGGGCUGUCUCCUCAAACUGACAGUUUCGUUUCAAAUUUGUUGGUCACUAGGUGUGAUAUUCCUCUUUGAGAAUUGUUUAAAAUAUUAAGGGCACAGGCUUUUUACAACUUGUUUUUAUAUAAAACAAAAAGUUUUAUUAUUUUGAAAUCAGCCUUUAACCAAAUGACCGGUAAGUUGUUGAAUAAUGAGAUUGUUGAGUCUCUUAUUUUAAUAUUUAUUAUUGACUUAUCCGCUAAGGAGUUUUGCUAUUAGUAGAAAAAAGCCUGCUUGAAUGGAUUCAUUUCCACCUGUCCCAGUAGGAUUUUUAACUAGUGAUUUAAAUGAUGUAAGGGAAUAAAGAUACUGGCAUGUACUAAGUCCUAGUCAGUAUGCAUUGCCAGGCCCAUAGCUGAAGGUAGGGGCUCAGUGCUGGGAAUAAUGGUCUAUUGACUGACCUUGACUAUAUUCAUUUGUAUCCAGAUGUUCCUUUUUUAUUUCCAGACCAUAGCAAACUGUUACAGCUGUAGCCCUUGAAGUGCUCCACUAUUCCAUCUGUGAUUUUCAGAACUCAGCAACCUCACCCAUUUCCAUAGCUUUGUGUGGAUAUUUAUUUUCUUUUAAUUGAAGCGCUGAUCAUUAGUGGGACAAUAUCAAAAUGCUCUCCUAUUGUAUACCAUGUAGAUUUUGCUGUUAAUUAUGGAUUUUCUGGUUGAAAAUGUUAACCUGCAAAAUUGAGUGAGUUUUGUUAUGUCCAUGAUAUUUUUUACUUAGCUAAGACCCUUGAUAAGCAGUAAAUAAACAAGCUAUUUCUUCUAGAAGGACAAUAUGAUUUUUUUGUAAAAAAAAAAAAAUAUGGUUGUACCGUCAGUAAUUAAUGAAAUGAGGCCAGUAAAUUCCAAUCUUAUUGAAGUAUUGCUGUCUUUUGUUUUAUCAUUUUGUUAAUAAUUUGUCCUGAUCUGUAGUUUAAAAAUUGCUGUAUUAACCCAAUUACCAUGGCAUAAAAAUAUAAUUAUGAAUUAUGAAGAUGUCAGAAGGUGAUUUUGUUUUUAUACUUUGCUGCUCUCAGGCAAAACAUUAGAUCAAGAAACCUGUAAAUUUUUGGAAAGGCGGAAACUUGAACUUUGUAAUAAAAGUAAUGAAAAUUGUUGAUUUUCAUUCUGCAAUAAUCCAAGAAAGUUAGUAUACCAUUCUGGGGUCAUAAGAGCAGAGCCACGAUUGUGGCCUAUCGUGCUCUGCUGGCAAAGUCGCGAUUGUGGCCUAUCGUGCUAAGAGGGUUAAUAUACUUUAUUAAAAAAUAUGCAUGUUGUAAACUUAAAUUUGAAAGAACCAUCUUAAGCAUGAUAAAUGUUCAGUUUUCUUACACCAGGCAUUACUGUUUUGGUGUGUUCUGAAGGUGUUUUCUAAGAAGGGUUAUUGAUUUUGCUGUUGUGUGCAGGUGUUGAUCAGCUGUUAUAAAAAUGCAGGGGCUAUAUCCUUUUACGUGCCUUCAAGAUUUCAAACAUUUAAAUGAAACUUAGCCAUGCAGGCAUCUUUGCUUGUUUUAUGAUGUCACUAAAUUUUGAAUUUUUUUUUCCCCUUGUGAUUAACAGCAUUAUAGCGUCCUGUUUGUUUGCCACAGUUUUUGUGGAGAAUCCACACAGUCAGAAGAAAUAGAUUGUUUUAGUUCUGUACAUGUGUGUGUGAGAGAUUGUAUUGUAUGCAUGCAUGUUGGAAAGAAAGUGUUAUCAGUACUAACCAGUCUGCUUAUCUUUUUAAUAGCUAUGUUAUAUGUAACAAGAUAAAUGUUUAGUAAGGAAAUUAUUCAUCUUGUACUUGCAAAAUACUUGGUAGCUUAAACAUGUUUUUUGCAAUCAUGUUUUUAAAAAAAAUGGACUACAUAAAGGAUUUAUUGAAAGUGUCAACCACAAAACCAAUUUUGUUUCAUUGUUUUUCUGGGGUUUUUUUUUUUAAUGAAGGAAACAAUGUCACCAUAUAAGCACUACUAGAUCAAUACAUUAUCCUAAUGAGAAAAAUCAA